AUGUCAGAAGAAUUUCAAGAAUCCGAGGUUAUAUUUUCCGAUGAAUAUUACACUAAGAACGACACCAAGAGUAACGACACCAAGAGUAGCAACAACGAGAACAACAAAAGAAAGCCGACGGUAACGGAGAAAAGGUCAUCUCCGGUGAGAAUUCCGUCGAGAACUAUUUUCCAGUGUACGGAGGAGGAGGAGGAGGAAGAUGAGGAGAGAGAAAUGACUCCGCCACAUGUCAUAAUCGGGAAACGAAGAAGAGAGGCGCAAAUGGCGUUUUCCUUUUGUACUCUUAAAGGAAGAGACUUGAGUCGUCACCGUAACACCGUUCUUAGGAUGACCGGUUUUUUGGAAGUUUAA